CCCAGGCCCAGUGGUGCGAAGGUACAUCCUCAGCCCUAGUGUGAGGACUCAGUGAGGAAGUGAGGUCUGCGGUGGGACACGGCUGAGAGGAGAGGACAGAGAAGGGACAGGUACUGACUGGAUAAGAAUACACUCAGAGACUGCAGCCCUCCAUUCUGUUUCCCUUAAGAUGGCAGCUGCCAGAGCCGGAUUCUGCCCCCUGCUGCUGCUUCUGCUGCUAGGGCUCUGGGUGGUCAAGGUCUCAGUCAGUGCCAAGCCCAAGCACAUGACCCCAGCUCAGUGGUUUGAAACUCAGCAUGUGCAGCCCAAGCCCCAGGGAUGCAACACGGCGAUGGGCAACGUCAACAAGUACACAAAACGCUGCAAAGACCUCAACACCUUCCUGCAUGAAUCCUUCUCCAGUGUGGCCACCACCUGUCAGACCCCCAGCAUAGCCUGCAAGAACGGCCAUAAGAACUGCCACCAGAGCCAGAAGUCCGUGUCCCUGACCAUGUGUGACCUCACCUCUGGGAGGUACCCAGACUGCAGGUACAAAGAGAAGCAACUGGAUGCGUUCUUCAUUGUGGCCUGUGACCCUCCCCAGAAAGGGGACUCUGGGCAAUUCCAGCUGGUUCCUGUGCACUUGGACAAAGUCUUGCAGAUUUCCAGCCUUCCUCACUCUUGGGUUGUGCCUUAAUUCCUUUUCCACGCCUUUGUACCACUCCUUCUAUGCUAAGAAGUUUCUCUUCCCCUCAUCUCUUGGGAUCGUUCUUAGCUCAGGCUCUUCCAAGAGACUGAAGGGGGAGCUGAGGUUGAUACCUCAGUAGG